AUGCAUGGAGACUCGUCCCCCGCCAACACUCCUCGUCUCCAACCGAUAGCGCCUCGAGAUCCUCCUGUGCCCGUCGACGACACCCACCCAGCGCCGAACACACUCUCAGCAUCUGCCACUGCCCCGCCUCCCCCAAAGCGCAGCCGCACCUCGACACCGGCCUUUCCUACACACUUUGAUCAUCAUCGCUGGGAGUUUGCCCCGCCCCUCCAUCCUGCUCACUUCUACCCCCUCGAAUACACGCCCGAUCACGACAUGCCGCAUCGCGUUCACAGCACGGAUAGGCAUUUGACUCACCACUCUGAGGAUAUGGGUCACUACGAUCGCCCGCACUCGCAUCCCACCCCGCCGCCGAUUGCAACUCUGCACCACUCGCCCGCCAUGUCGACCUCGUCACUUGCCAGCUCCUCGAUCUCGCCGUCUCCUCCCCUGCCUCAGCAGGGCGCGACCUACUACUCGCACGCCCCGCAGAACGGGAUGGGCCCCGCGCUCACGUACACCUAUUCUCCGGGCGCACAGCUAGGUGCGCGCUAUGGACCGGACUCCAUGGUGCCCCCGACGCCACACCACACAUCGCCUUACGGCGUGCCGUCCCACGGCGGCCAGGUCUCGACGCGCUCGAUUCGGCCGACCAUGGUCCCCUCGCAGCCCUACCCCGGCCAGGCGAGCUACAUCGUGCACACGGACGAUGCGGGCACCAAGCUGAGCGAUCGCGUGCGGCGCAAGUGCUACAACUGCCGCACCACGGACACGUCCACUUGGCGGCGCUCGAGCCUCACCCCGGGCAAAGUGCUCUGCAACAAAUGUGGUCUCUUCGAGCGCACGCACUCGCGCCCGCGCCCGGACCAGUUUCCGCACAAAAGAGGCCCUCUCGUCACCGCGACGUUCAAGUCCUCGCGCACACCCCCGCCGGCUGCUCCGUCUCCCUCCAUAUCCUCGUCGUCCUCGUCCUCGCGCCUGCCCCCGAUCUCGCCGCACAUGCACGCGCUCCCGCCGCACCACUACAACCAUCCCUCCAUCGCGCCGCUCAUGCCGCGAAUUGACACGCACGUGCAAAAUUCAUCGCCGACGAGCGCGGGCUCGAUCACCGAGAUCCGCUCGCUGCUCAACUCGCCCGAUCAGGCCCCUGCGCAGGGAGGAGAGGGCGAGAGCCGCACCCAAAACCAGAGCUCGCGCACGCUGUCGCCGGUGCAGUCGAGCGCGGGCUCCAGCCCUCGCAUGGAGCGUCGCGAAGCGCCGUCGUACAGGGCCGGCGAGUGA